AUGGUCGCAAGACCUCAGCUGUCAAUAAUAUAUUCCCGUGCCUUCCUUCUCAUUAGGCAUCUUUCACUUCCAAGUGCAUCUGAGCUUGUCCUUGCUAAUCCAUCGACGAUGCCUCGCCCGCGUAAAAAUGACUCGUGCAAUACGUGCCGCCGCCGCAAGAUCAAAUGUAGCGGAGAGUCGCCCAUAUGCAAUCAGUGCACCAGGGCAGAGCGCUACUGCGAUUGGUACCGGAGGUCAUUAGACUUUCGUCCAUGGACGGGUAGUACAAGGCCAUCCCUGGCCGGAAAUCGCGAGUACGAGCCGCCCUCAGACCCUCGAGCCACCCUGAAGAAAGACCAGCAUCUCGCCAAGCUCUUCACUCACUACAUCGUCACCAUAGCGGACUGGUACGAUCUCAGCGAUGCGUCGCGUUGCUUCGCCGUCACAGUGCCACUACUCGCCCUCGACGAGCCGCUCCUGUUUUGUGCCACCAUCGCCCUGUCAGCCAUGCACAGGUCCAAGACUUCGGCGGCCAAGCUUCGCGACAUGGCGGAAUACUACCACCAAUGCUGCAUCAAGCUACUGAUCAAGCUCAAGGAUGGUGACGCACUUAUGUCCAACGGCGUGGCUUUGGCCGCAACAUGUCUCUUGCGGUCCUACGAGAUUCUGGACGGCGGCGUUGACCCUAACCGCCAUUUGAGGGGUGCCUACUCCAUGGCUUCCCAACAUCAGGGCCUGCUGAGCGGCGAUGGGCUCCUGGUUGCCGGGUCGUGGAAUUACCUACGAGAGGACAUAACCUACAGCCUGUAUGAAAAAUGUCCGCUCAAGAUAGAUCUCGAGACAGUCCCAUUGACUACUACUCACGAGACGGACCAGCAUUAUCUCAACUCAGCAUCCCUGGUACUAGGUAAGCUCAUAAACUUAGCUUUCGACCAUGCUCUCACAUACCCUGAGUGGGAAGCUGCGCUGUUCACAGUCCGCAAUUGGGCUACAAGCCUCCCCAACCGCAUCAUGCCAUUCUCGGUUACCGACGGUAAAAAAACCGACACUGCCAGGCCGCUGCCUUUGGUUUCGUUUCUCCAACCGUGCCACACAGCAUCAGUUCAUUACUUCCUAGUUGCUUUGUUCAUAUUGGCCGAUCACGCACCGUUGGAUCGCCUUGAUGAGCUCCUGGCUCUUGACCCGUUCGAUGACAAGGAACCCUUGCCAAAGGAGGACCUCCAAGAACGCUGGGCACUGUACAUCUCUGGCUCGGCCUUUGAUGCCAUGCACCCUCUUCCGACCGUCCUUGUCAAUGCAUUCGGGCCCAUGGCAUACUGCGCCAGAAAGAUUCGGGACAAGCCAGCUCAGCAGGAACUUGUCCGACAAUUGAUUGCCUGCAAACCAUCGGUAGGAUGGCCCGUAGAUAGACUCAAGGAUGACCUAUUGGCCUUUUGGCAAUCAUCCGGCUGA